UCGGCGCGGACGACGUUUCCUUUAGAAAUUUGUUUGUGAUAUGAAUAUUUUGAUUUGAUAGAGAAAUUGAACUCCCAAGAUUAUUGGAUUGGAUAUUUACAAAUUAAUCAAUUGAUUCAUGUGCUACAUUUACUGAGUUUUUAACCGUCAUAGCCACAAAUUUCUGUAAACAAUCUCAACAUGAGUGGACGCGCUAAAAAGAAAACAGCUGCGGCGCCAAAGAAGAAAGCCAAUGGUUACAAAAUGCCGGCUCCCAUCGCCACGGGGGAGGUGAUCCACGACACGCUGAUGAAGAAGAAGUGGCGGAUCGGGCCGUCCAUCGGCGUUGGCGGCUUUGGGGAGAUCUACUUGGCUUGCCAGCACGAGAACUCGCCCAAGAAAGGGUCAGACUAUCCGUUUGUUAUCAAAAUUGAACCUCAUGAAAAUGGACCCCUUUUUGUGGAGAAGCACUUCUAUGUCAGAAAUGCUAAUAAAGAUGAUAAAGAACUAAUAAAAUUCUUCACAUACUUCAACACCUUAAAACCUCGCGAUGUGCCCGACUACACCAAGUGUGUGCAGAUCUUGGAGGGGUACCUCAAGAAACACGGCAAGAACAGGAACAGCAAACGGGAGUUCACUCCCACCAAGAAGACUGUGGCCAAAGGCAGGGCCAAGAAACUACCCGAGAGUGAGGAAGUGGAUGUGGAAGAAACAGCAUCGAAGCCUAAAGAAAAUGGAGUCAAAAUAUCGCCAAGAAAGAAAGCAAAGACUAAAAAACCUGAGUUUAGUCCGCGUUGUAUAGCUAUUUGGAAAAUCGGAAACAGGAGACCUCAUCAGGUAGAUUUUUUUAACCCGUUAUAUGAAUCAUUUCAAUACCCUCUGUUGUGCCCUCACGGAACUCCCAGUUGGACUAUUAACAAACAGACGAAUGACGGAUCAAAGCUUUCACAAAAUAAAUACAUACGUUUUCUUACUUUUGUCUGA